AUCUGUCAGCAGCUGCUGCCAGAAAGAGCCAGCAGGAUGAGGCAGAGUGUGGCCCCAGGGCCGAGCCAGCAGCAGCAGAGCAGCAGAGAACAUGAGCAUAAAGGAAACAAAGAGGCGCGCAUGAAAGCCGCGAGUCCAUGGAUGCCAUCAUGUGGAAAGCAGGCCUUUAUGCUCACACUGUAAGGAGAUGGAUGUGUGCGCAAUAAGGAGAUCUGAAAGCUUGCACACGUGUGCUGCUGUGGCAGUAAAACACACAAAGGAAGGUCUGAUGUUGUGUAAGGAGUGAAAAUAAAAACAAAAUCACAGAAAGAAAUCACCACAUGACCUCACAGCAUCUCAGUUUAUUCUGUUUUUCAUCUAUCUGAACUCUGAAGCAUCAAUUUGUGUCCACAAACACCAGCGAGGUCAUCUGAGGUUGUGUUAGUCAAUGAUAAUCCUCACUCCUGUUAGGGGUUAUAUACAGACACCAAAACAGCUUCUGCAUCAGCCUGUCAGUAUGUUUAUGUUAACAGGACUUUGUGAGGACUGACUCACCACUGGUGCCUCUGGUGGCCGGCAGAGGAACAGCAGCUUGUGGUUUCAGAUGGAAUUUUAUGGUCGCUGUCCUCCGCAAACAGUCGGGCUUCAGGCCUGAGUGUGCAGGCAGGUUGGGCUGUCUCUUUAUUAGGAACCAAUGCAAGGAGAUCAGAGAGGGCUGACAGGGAGAGGUCAGAGUGACAGGAAACAGGAGCAAAGGUUUAUCAAUCAAGACAAAACAAACUUCAUGGAAAUAAAAAGUUUUCAUGUAUCUUCUUCUCCAACACUGAAAUACUGACUCUGUUCUGUCCUUGGUGAACAAAACAAACACACCUUAAACGUGGAGCUGUUUAUUGGCUUGUGAUAUUAAACUGUGGAAUUUUAAUGCCAUCUGAUAUUUGAUAUGUAUGUUCAUGUAUUUAUUUAUGGCCCUUUACGAGGAGACGCUGCAGGUUAACUUUAACUAAAGUUUAUUAUAAAAGUUAAAACAGGAAUUUAUGAUCAACAAAAUACAUCAAAUAAAGCUGAGAACGGGCAGCUGUAGCGCUCGUAACCUUUGACCUCUUCAUUCACACUGCCUGACAAACUCACAGGUGUGUACCGGAGUGGGAGCGCGCAGGUGAGACGUGUGGGCUUUUUGCCACAGACCGUCAUGUUGUGUUGGAUCAGACUUUGAUCUUUGAGGUUUUCAGUGACAUUUUUAGACCGUCGCUGUGUGCACUUGCGCGCGGACUGUCCCCUGCGCAGAAAUCCAAAUAAAUGAAAGUGAAUAUAAAAAAAUGAGAUGGUCAUUGCGCGCGCUUUGUCCCAACCGGGGGCUCUCUCCCAGUGUGUAUGUGUGUGAGAGAGAGAGAGAGAACGAGAGAGAGAGAGAGAGGAGCGCAGCAGGUCGAGCAACACUUUUGACGUCAGGAGUGAUCACUGCUGCCUCUCUCUCUCUCUCUCUCUCUCUCUCUCUCUCUCUCUCUGUGUCUCAUCCGGGUCUUCUUCUCCUUUUGUGCGCUUUUUCCGUCCGUUUGGCGCAGACGUGCGGUGGCUCGGAGCCUGAAGAGCAGAAGACCCUCCACAGAUGCGGUCCCUUGAGGAGGAGCUGCAGGAGCUGCGUCUCCCCCGCUGCUCCUCUCUGUGAGUUUCCUGGAGGAUGUUCGCGCUCAGGAUCAACAAGUCUCUCCUGCUCUGCGCGCUGUAACUGUGGAUGGCUGCGGGAUGGAGAUAGCCUUGGUGAGCUUUGAGAACGGCGGCGCCAAAGGGAGCGGUGGAGGAGGAGGAGUUGGAGGAGGUGGAGGCAACAAUGCCGAGGAGAGCUGCCGGAACGCGCUGGAUGUCCCUCAGCCGGGCUUCGUUCAAGGCGGGCGGGGAGAGGACUACAGCAAGGAGCUGAACACCCGGGGCGGCUCGCUGCCGCCGCACAGCCCCUGGAAGAUCAAUGACAUGAACAACACUCUGAGCUGCAGCGAGAACGCCAUGGAUGCGCUUUUACGCGCGGACCACAGUCCCCACCUGUUCGACGAGGACAUGCUGGACAUGGACAUGGAUACGGAGAGCAACGAGAGGGUGCUCAUCAACAUCGCGGGUCUGAGGUACGAGACCCAGCUGGGUACCCUCAACCAGUUCCCUGACACUUUAUUGGGAGACCCCGCUAAAAGGAUCAAGUACUUCGACCCGCUCCGGAACGAGUACUUCUUCGACCGAAACCGGCCGAGUUUCGACGGGAUUCUGUAUUUUUAUCAGUCCGGAGGAAAGAUCCGGAGACCCGUCAACGUGUCCAUAGACGUGUUUGCGGACGAGAUCCGGUUCUACCAGCUGGGGGAGGAGGCCAUGGACCGGUUCCGCGAAGAUGAGGGCUUCAUUAAAGAAGAGGAGAAGCCGCUGCCGCAGAACGAGUUCCAGAAGCAGGUCUGGCUCAUCUUCGAGUACCCCGAGAGCUCCAGCCCGGCCCGGGGCAUCGCCAUCGUGUCCGUGAUCGUCAUCACCAUAUCCAUCAUCACCUUCUGCCUGGAAACGCUGCCGGAAUUCAGGGAUGAGAGGGAGCUGGCGGUCACCAGCCGUCUGGACAACAGCACGGCGCCCCGGCCGUCGCUCACCUUCACCGACCCCUUCUUCAUCAUCGAGACCACGUGCGUCAUCUGGUUCACCUUCGAGCUCAUCGUGCGCUUUUUCGCGUGCCCCAGCAAGUCCGAGUUCUCCAAGACCAUCAUGAACAUCAUCGACAUCAUGUCCAUCAUGCCUUACUUCAUCACCGUGGGCACGGAGCUGGCGGAGCAACAGGGCCAGGAGCACCAGAACGGUCAACAGGCCAUGUCUCUAGCCAUCCUGAGGGUCAUCCGCCUGGUCCGGGUCUUCCGCAUCUUCAAGCUGUCCCGACACUCCAAAGGGCUGCAGAUCCUGGGCCAGACUCUGAAGGCCAGCAUGCGCGAGCUUGGCCUGCUCAUCUUCUUUCUCUUCAUCGGGGUCAUCCUCUUCUCCAGCGCCGUGUACUUCGCCGAAGCUGACGAGCCAGAGUCCCACUUCUCCAGCAUCCCCGACGCCUUCUGGUGGGCAGUAGUCACCAUGACGACUGUGGGUUACGGUGACAUGAGGCCCGUGACAGUCGGGGGGAAGAUCGUGGGCUCUCUGUGCGCCAUCGCCGGCGUGCUGACCAUCGCGCUGCCGGUGCCCGUCAUCGUGUCCAACUUCAACUACUUCUACCACCGGGAGACGGACCAGGAUCAGUCCUCCCUGAAGGACGAGCCCAACAGCGGCAGAGAGAGCCCCGAGCUUAAGCGCAAAGGCAGCAAAGCGUCCAUGAAGUCUCAGGACGUGGAGAACAACGAGGCGGGCGCUUCGGUGGAGAAAACGAACAUCAAAGCAAACAGCAGCGUGGACUUCAAGAGAUCCCUUUACGCGUUCUGUCUGGACACGCGGGAGACGGACCUGUAGCCGUGCACGAGCACACCCGGGCUUAAAGCAGAAACAGUCGUGUAGAAUAAACCCCGUUAAUGGGCUCUUAAGUCUUUGCACAUUGCAGUUGGAGGAUCAACACAUUGCAAUCCUGAAAAGUUUUAAGAGGGUUGGUUUAUAAAAAGCACACUUUAAUCCCCAUCAUCUGGUAAGCACGACAGUUAAAAGUGCGGAGUUAUGAACGAGCUGCAGCGCAUGUGAUGCAACACAGAGGCCCUUUAAUAAAGCAGGGACACCUGCAGAGCAUCAAAUCUAACUCAUGGAUGAAUUAGAGGGAAGUGGGACAUCAGAUGCUGCAGAUAAUCAGGGACGAGCACGACUUGGAAUAAUUACUUGACACAGUGAGAGGAUUACCAGGACCAACCAGACUGUGUAUAUAAUGCAGGAGGCAGACCACAUUCAGUAGUGCAACAGCAACAAAUAAUAAUAAUAAUAAUAAUAAUUUCCCAACUGUGAUGUUUAUACUGGCAGCAGACGUGUAAAUAUUCCCCACAGGCUGCUCUUAUUGUAGAAAAACAAAAGUAUAUUUUUGAGAUGCAGACACCUGUUUUCCUUCACUCAGGUUCUGUUUCAAUCAGAGAGGGUUUGGGGGGGGACCUCAGCCUUGAACUUUUAAAUAAAGAACAUUUGGGAUUUUUUUUUUAAACUGAGGGAACAACAGCCAAGGAAAGAGGACAGAGCAGAAACCGUCUGGAGAGAUCAAGCAUCAGCGAUACCAGAGAGUUUAAGCCCUGCCCUCCAACCAUCAGGAGAGUCGAUCCGACCACAGGAAUUCCCUCCAUCAGGAAACGCCAACAACUAAAAACCUGCUGCUGUGCUUUGAAAAUCAUCAUCAUCCACCCUUUUUAGAACUCUGUGCCUUCAACCAAAACUCACCAGUGAUACUUCUGAAGCUUUUUUCUUCACUUUUUUUUCUUUUUUCGAGCAGGACCCAGAGGACAUAUCUGCCUGAUGAAGGAGGGCCCGGGAUCCUGCUGCUGUCUCUCUGAAAAAGAAAAAAAUACCAAUCAAACCCGACAUGCAACGUUUCAAUCAUUUUAACAUCCCACCGUGUUCUUUUUUUAAUCAACCAACUGUGUCAGUGAUUUACUUCAUAUCGGAAGAAAUCCCUUGCUGUGCAAUAUCAUCGAUAUUUAUGUGAAGCUGUUAUGUGGAUUUAGACUUUGGAUGAACUUUUUGGUUUAUUUUUGUAAUGAUGUUUUCCUGAUUUCUAUUUUUCUAAAACGGUGUAAGAGAAAUGAGGGGAUACAAACAAAAAACAAAUUUUAACAGAGACGGGACUUUCAGUUGUUGGUAAAAAGGGUGUUUAGUUUUCCUUAAAUCCUCCCCUUCCUGCUGUGACCAGGGCCAAAGCCAUAGCCUAUCUCAGAUAACAAUGGAUGAAGCAUUUCAAACGACCAGUGUCCAUAACAGCAAGAUGCAUUCAGGGUCUCACAUUCUCACGUGUCAGCUCAUCUUAGCUGUUUGUUUCCUGUGUGUUUCAGGGCGUUGAAUCCGAAGUAUUUAGUAUUCUCUACCUUUGUGUGGCCUGUUUUUCUUGCUGUUAUUUUGUACUUCCUCCUACAUAUCAGUCAAGCAACUUUAAGUGGCAUGAUUAUGUGUGCCUGUAGAGAGAGACAUGAAUGAGUGUCUUCUUCACAAAUUGGACAUAAAGUACUGUAAACUUUCAAAUAUGUCACAGAGUGAUGGCUGGAUAACAAAUCCAUGAAACAGGGAUCUAGUGGUUUAAAAAAUGUGGAGUCAAUUAGUUAAGUGUCUAAAAUACAAAUGCUUUUUCUAGAAUAACCCUUUAUUUGGAAGCAUACUCAACAAAACCACCCGUUCAAACUGUAAUUUUUCUAUGAGCUUUAUAAAGAAUGAAAAAAAGGAAUAACUUUACCAGCACUUACAGAUUUCAAGGGUUACAUGACAGCUUAUCUAUUAUCUAUUUAUUAUUUAUUAUUAUAUACAACACAACACAACAAAACAAUACUUUCUGUGUUAAUGACCAUCGCCAGCAGCUGUGACAGGGCAGCACAGAUUGACAUCCAGAUCAAUAUUUUAUAGAGCAAAUCUUUAUUUUCUGACCUACUUAAUUUUAUUUCAAAAAGGCUUUCUGUAACAUUAAAGUUCGAGAGUGUAAAAUAUCACCACUAGAUGUCAGUAGAUUGCAGACUGCAGUCAACUGAGUACUGUUUUCUUACGUCUCCCAAUUCAAGUACAUACCUAGCGACGGUGGCCACUGUAGGACAAACAAAUUUUAAUCAGCCAAGAGAUCUCUAAAACAUCCCACGAUGGCUGUAGUUAAAACACUGUAACUAAUAUAUUAUAUAAUAAAAUAAUAUCCAAACUGUUUUUAACAUAUUCGAAUAAUAUUAACUUAGCAAUAAAUCAGGGAAUUUAAAAAAUGCUUCACUUAAAUAUUUAAUGUUUUUAUCCCUGAGACACCUCAAAGCUUUAGUUGCAGUUCAUCUGUAGUGAGCGUACUCAGAUAGCAAAGUCACUCCAGACCAGAUCAGCCCUAGGGUUUUUUUCCCCAUCUUUGUCAGUCCACUGUUUACCUUGGCUAUCAAUGCCAGGUGAGAAGCAUCCACAUCUAUUUUGCCUGGAAGAGGCUGAAAAACUUUGUGAAAGUAGUCAGACACGAGUCAAUGUGUCAGUGAAGUUCACUUCUGUCUGAUAACAGUCAUAACUGAGGUGACUUGUUGAGUAUAACAACAACUCAACUUAUAUAAAUAGUUUCUUUUUAAGAUGCUUUGUUGAAGUUAGACUUAUAUUUUGUGAGACGAACCAUUUAAAGCCAUCUUUGAAAACCGAAACCUCAAAAUUAAGUAAGUAAAAUUUUAUUUAUAUAGCACCUUUCUAGACAGAGAUCACAAAGUGCUUCAAAAAGAAAUGCCAGAGCAUUUACGACAAAACAGACAAAAAAAAGUUAACCAAACGCAAAGGUUAGUUUUUAGUUGUUUUUUAAAAGAGACGACAGAGACUACAGUGUCCACAGAUCUCAAGGUCAAAGGAAGAAAAUCCAGUUUAAAACAUCAUCUAUAACACCAUCUCCAGUUACUGGAUUUAAAGGUGUUCUGUCCCAUAUAACAAUAAGAAACCACAGGCAGAACAGGUCAGCUAACAUUAGCCAACCACCACAGCCGACUGAGAGAAUAAUCAAAAUAUGAGCACAGAUUUUUACUCAGCACUUUUGGAAAGAAGAUGUAAACAGAUAUGUGAUAUAUGGUUUAUAAACUCUAAAAUUCCAUUAUUGUAAAUCAGUCUUACAAAUGUGCUUUACAAUGGUUUAUAGUUUGCAUGUAAAAAAUAGACAUGAAUUCCUGAUAUGAAGCCUCCAGCUGAACGUGCUCAUGCUUGACCAGAGAGCAGAUGUUUACCGGGCUAGAGGUAACAGGAGCUGAAGGGCUGGUUUUCGACAGAUUUCUGUACAACAGGACGUCUUGUUUGAGGUUCUUCCUCACAGUCUUCAUUUUUAAGACCCAGAAGUUUCCUUUAUUUUAGUGUGAAGAAGUUUAAAUACAUACUGAAAAUAAUCACAUUUAAUAAAGCAUCCAUUUAUAAAACUGA